AUGAGCUGCAGCAGUGAUCAGGAGGAUGAGCGAGAAGUUCUUCGUUCUAUCUUUGACGCAGAUGAAAAUUUUAUAGAGGUUAACAGCACAACCUUCCAAUACAAGUUUGGGGAAGAUGGGCACACUCAAUCGUUCCUGUUGGAAAUCUCGUGGCCCUUGGAUUAUCCGACAUGUCUACCAAAUAUUAACUUAGAUGCAUUUUAUAACAAACAUAUCACCUCUAAGGUGAAAGAAACUAUAACCUACCGAAUCAAAGAACAGUGUGAAAUGUGCCUCGGAACUGCUAUGACAUACUCGAUAUUUGAUUGGGCUAAGGAACACUUGCAUGAGCUUUUGGAAGAUAAUCAAGAACAGGUAAGUACCCCAAGUUCUAUUGUUGAAUUGUAUGUAUCACUUGUAAUGCCCAUCAAAUGUUAAAAAAAACCAAGAGUGUAACUAAAGCGUUUUCCAGUAGCCAAUUUUGUGGAUGAGUACCUAUGGGAUAUUUUAUGUUCGGAGACAAAUAACUUGACCCUUACCUAAUCCAUCAGUUUCUUACCAAAAGCCAACCUUCUUUUCCUUCCUAUGGAGAGCAUACGAAGCCAGUACUGCAUACUGUUCUAGUCAGUAUGGUGUGCCAAGUGAAGUAAAUUAUUGAUGCCACAUGAAGCUGAUUACUACAACAUUAAUCGUUACACAUUACAAAAUAUGAUGUUGUUUAAAGCAGAUUAUUACUAGUUUAUUAUUAAUGCACUUCAAAAGUCAAAAUCAAAGGUUCUUUGGAGCCACCUCGUGGUAUUUCUUAAUUAAUCAAUUAAAUAGUGAGAACUUUAACCCUUUGCCAUCUCCUUUGAAUAUCACAUGAUGUAUCCUUAAAUGACUUAAUCAAAACUAUUUAAUUUAAACGCAUUAGACAGAACUUAAAUAAACCAUUUGUGUAAUAACAACAACAGGCACAAGAUGAGGUUUCAAGCCAACUUUUGAAAAAGGUCAGAUGAAUUGACAGCCAAAAAGUAAAUUAGGGAAUUUGAAUGAUGGUUAAAUUGAUGCUGAAAAUUCAACCUGUGCCCACACAGCCAAACUUGGAGUAAAAUAGCUCACCAGGAAAUUGCAUGGCAAAAGAAAGUUUAAAUCCAAUGAAAUCUGUAAAACUUCAAAACAUGGUAAAUCAACUGAGUGAAAUCUGUAAAACCUUGAAAUGCAGUAAAUCCGGCACUAAGUAUGUGUAAAAUAUAGGAAAAUGGUAGCAAGGCCAAUUGUCUGAUGUGCAAAAAUCAACUUAAAGCUAAAAGAAUUAAACCAAAGCCUAUUAUUGCAGUAGAGGCAAGGUUUAAAAAUUGGGGAACAUCAUUGUCACAUAUCCCCCAAUUUUAGACCUGGCAUAUUCAAUCAUGUAAUGCAUUUUUACCAAUUGUUUGCAAGCAAAAAUAUUUGAUAGAUUAAGUGGUUAUUUAUUUGGACAGGAAGAGGAAAGGAGAGGAAAACAAAUACCAAAAGAAGAUUCAAACACCCAAUCAAAGAAAAAAGACAAGAGAGAAAUAUUAACAAAAGCACAGAAACGCCGCCAGGCUGAUAGGACUAAUUUUAAAGGAGAAAGAGAGAGAGGAUGGAACUGGGUAGAUGUAGUGAAACAUUUAAGUAAAACAGGAAGUAAAGAUCAAUGA